AUGUAUCCCUCAGACAUAUUCCAGCAAUACGGGCCCUCUUACGGGGUGAGGCCCCCCCCGGCGCUCGCGCCCAACUACCCAGCGGCCAACGGCCACCACGAAGCCUACAGAUACCCAGAGCUGGACGUUCCCGCUCAGAGGUAUGAUGGUCUUUUCGCAGCAUUGGACCCGUCGCAGAGGAUCCUCGGAGCGCCCCCUCUCACGCCGCUCUCCUUGCCCCCCGGGCCAGCUCUGGGGUUUGGCCAGCCGCAGCCCCCGUGUGAAGCCCCCCGUCUUCCCGGGAACGUCAAGAUGACCCUGGAGAACAGGGAUCUGUGGAAAGAAUUCCACGCCAUCGGAACGGAGAUGAUUAUAACCAAAUCGGGGAGGCGCAUGUUCCCCCAGUGCAAAGUCAGCGUGAGCGGCCUGGAACCCGAAGGCAAGUACCUGCUCCUGGCGGACGUCGUCCCCGUCGACAACUCUCGCUACAAGUGGCAGGAGGAUCACUGGGAGCCGAGCGGCGGAGCGGAGCCCCGGCUGCCGGAGAGGGUUUAUAUCCACCCCGACUCGCCCGCCUCGGGGGCCCACUGGAUGAAGCAGCCCAUAUCCUUCCACAAGAUGAAGCUCACCAACAACACGCUGGACCAGAUGGGACAUAUUAUCCUGCACUCCAUGCACCGGUACCAGCCGCGCUUCCACAUCGUCCGCGCCCAGGACGUCUUCAGCCGCCGCUGGGGGGGCUGCUCGUCGUUCACCUUCCCGGAGACCAUGUUCCUGACGGUCACCGCCUACCAGAACGAGAAGAUAACGCAACUCAAAAUCCAGACCAACCCCUUCGCCAAAGGAUUCCGGGAGGACGGGAUGAAGACCAAGAGAGACCGCUCAGCCCGAGCGAAGAGGAAAGCGGCCGCCGGCGUGGAUCAGGAGCAGGAGCCCUUCGAAGCUUUCCUCCCCACAGCUGAGUGUAAGCGGCCCCUGUAUAGCGGCCCCUGCGACUCGACUCUGAGCGAGGAGCUGGAUAUAUCCGGGGGUCUCGGAAUCCCCCUCCCCAGCCCUGACUGCUCCUUCCAUCCCAUCACGCCGCCUACCCCAGGACCCCCCUCCGCGGAUGCCUCCGAUCCAUCCCCCCACCCCACGAAAGCCAAUCAGGACCAAGUGCCCGAGCUGGAGAUGCCCCAGCAAGCCACAGACACCUUCCUGCAGCCCGGACCACCCACUUACCCCGAGCAGCCCCGGGACAGCGGCAUGUUCUCAUGCCCCUCCGAGACCCCCAUCGCGCAGGUCCAGGCGGCCCGUCCACCGCAGUCUCUUCAGAGAUUCCCGCCAUCCUUCCCAAGCGCCCAGGAUCAACUAACUGACAGCCAAUCAGAUUUCAGGCUCUACGGGUCAGACCUCGCCUGCGGAGGAGAAUUUACCCCCUCGGCCUGCGCGGUUACCCCACCUGCCCGCGGCGCCGGCGUCCGGGGUUACCCCAUGAACUCUGACCUCCGCUUUCCACACUUCCUGCCCAACACCGGCCCAAAGCUGGGCCUGCAGUUUUCGGGGCCACAGCUGUCGCGUUUGUACCGGGGGGGCGGCUGGUUGUGA